AUGAUGUUUACGUGGCAUGGAGACCCAGGAUCCCGGCGUCUGCUGCUCUCCCUUCUGCUCCUCGCGGCCUGGAAGACUGGGAGCGGCCAGGUUCACUACUCGGUCCCCGAGGAGGCCAAACACGGCACCUUCGUGGGCCGCAUCGCGCAGGACCUGGGGCUGGAGCUGGCCGAGCUGGUGCCGCGCCUGUUCCGGGUGGCGUCCAAAGGCCGCGGGGACCUCCUGGAGGUAAAUCUGCAGAAUGGCAUUUUGUUUGUGAAUUCGCGGAUCGACCGCGAGGAGCUGUGCGGGCGGAGCGCGGAGUGCAGCAUCCACCUGGAGGUGGUGGUGGAGCGGCCGCUGCAGGUUUUCCACGUGGAGGUGGAGGUGAAGGACAUUAACGACAACCCGCCAGUGUUUGCAGGAGAACAAAAGGUACUUAUUUCUGAAUCUGCACCUUUGGACUCUCGUUUUCCUCUAGAGGGCGCUUCUGAUGCGGAUAUCGGGGUAAACUCUCUUCUGACUUACAGGUUAAGUCUAAAUGAGUAUUUUACUCUUAAAAUAAUAACGAAAAACGAUAAAAGCAUAUUGCCUGAACUGGUUCUUCGCAAGUCCUUGGACAGAGAGGAAAUGCCAGAACUCAGUUUAUUGCUGACCGCCUUGGAUGGCGGUAAACCGGAGCUAACGAGCUCUGCUCAUAUACAAAUAACUAUCCUGGAUGUGAAUGAUAACGCUCCAGUGUUUGAUAAGCCCAGCUAUGAAGCAGUGCUGUUUGAAAAUGUCCCCAACGACACAAGGGUGAUUCAGCUAAAUGCUUCCGAUCUAGACGAAGGACUGAAUGGAGAAAUUUCCUAUGGAAUCAGAAUGAUUUUGCCAGCGAGUGAAAAAUGUAUGUUUUCAAUAAAUCCAGAAACAGGUGAAAUCAGAAUUUUCGGAAUACUGGAUUUUGAAGAGAAUAAUGAAUAUGAAAUUCAUGUUAAUGCCAUUGAUAAAGGGAUUCCGUCCAUGGCAAGUCACUGCACGGUCCUGGUGGAAGUUCUAGAUCUGAAUGACAAUACACCCGAGGUAAUGGUUACUUCGAUGUCACUAACGGUUCGAGAAGAUGCUCAAGUCGGCACCGUCAUUGCCUUGAUCAGCGUGUCUGACCCUGAUUCUGGCACCAACGGUCAGGUGACCUGCUCACUAAUACCCCACGUUCCCUUCAAGCUGGUGUCCACCUUCAAGAAUUACUACUCGCUGGUGCUGGACAGCGCCCUGGACCGCGAGAGCGUGUCGGACUAUGCGGUAGUAGUGACGGCGCGGGACGGGGGCACGCCCUCGCUGUCGGCCACCGCCAGCCUGUCCGUGGAGGUGGCCGACGUGAACGACAACGCGCCGACCUUCGCGCAGCCCGAGUACACGGUGUUCGUGAAGGAGAACAACCCGCCCGGCUGCCACAUCUUCACGGUGUGGGCGCGGGACGUGGACGCGCAGGAGAACGCGCGGGUGUCCUACUCGCUGGUGGAGCGGCGGGUGGGCGAGCGCGCGCUGUCGAGCUACGUGUCUGUGCACGCGGAGAGCGGCAAGGUGUACGCGCUGCAGCCUCUGGACCACGAGGAGCUGGAGCUGCUGCAGUUCCAGGUGAGCGCGCGCGACGCGGGCGUGCCGCCUCUGGGCAGCAACGUGACGCUGCAGGUGUUCGUGCUGGACCAGAACGACAACGCGCCCGCGCUGCUGCCUUCGUGGGCGGGCGGCGGCGGCGGCAGGGAGAGCGAGGUGGUGGUGUCGCGGUCUGUGGACGCGGGCCACGUGGUGGCGAAGGUGCGCGCGGUGGACGCGGACUCUGGGUACAACGCGUGGCUGUCUUACGAGCUGCAGCCGGCGGCGGGUGCUGAGCGCAGCCCGUUCCGCGUGGGGCUGUACACGGGCGAGAUCAGCACGACGCGCGCCCUGGACGAGGCGGACGCGCCGCGCCAGCGCCUGCUGGUGCUGGUGAAGGACCACGGCGAGCCGGCGCUGGCGGCCACGGCCACCGUGCUGCUGUCGCUGGCGGACGGCGGCCAGGUGCCGAAGUCCUCGUUACGUGCGUCUUCCGGUGCUGCGGUCGCCGAGACGGCGCUGGUGGACGUGAACGUGUACCUGAUCGUGGCGAUCUGCGCGGUGUCCAGCCUGCUGGUGCUCACGCUGCUGCUGUACACGGCGCUGCGGUGCUCGGCGCCGCCCAGCGAGGGCGCGUGCGGGCCGGGGAAGCGCGUGCUGCUGUGCUCGAGCGCGGUGGGGAGCUGGUCGUACUCGCAGCAGAGGCGGCAGAGGGUGUGCUCUGGGGAGGGGCCGCCCAAGGCGGACCUCAUGGCCUUCAGCCCCAGUCUGCCACAGCCAGUAAAGGAUUGUUUACAUCAUUCCAGUGAAGUAAGUUAUUUUUAUAUAUAUAUUCAUUUCUUUUUAGAACUUUCUGUUAGGGUAUAA